CCUCACUCGCCUCAAAACCCUAAUAGAAAAUCUCCCCCAUUUUUUCAACUCAUAUCAAAUCCAAGCUUGAAUCGCCGAAAAUCUCUUAUCGUUUUCUCGAGAAGAGUCCAUGGGUUCGAAAUCGAAAAGCGAUAAUCCUCAUACAGGCGAUGGCGCGAGUCCCGGGAAGAUUUUUAUCGGAGGAUUAGCGAAAGAUACGACCUAUGCGACAUUUAAUAAGCACUUUGGGAAAUAUGGAGACAUAACAGACUCUGUGAUUAUGAAAGAUCGGUACACGGGCCAGCCAAGGGGCUUUGGAUUUAUUACCUACGCUGAUCCUUCAGUUGUUGACAGGGUUAUCGAAGAUACCCAUGUCAUUAAUGGGAAGCAGGUCGAAAUUAAAAGAACUAUUCCAAAAGGCUCUGGACAGUCAAAGGAUUUCAAAACAAAGAAGAUCUUUGUUGGUGGAGUGCCAUCAACAGUCACCGAAGAUGAAUUCAAGAAUUUUUUCUCGAAGUAUGGGAAGGUUGUGGAACACCAGAUUAUACGUGAUCAUGAAACCAACCGGUCUCGAGGCUUUGGAUUUAUAAUAUUUGACAGUGAGGAAGUUGUAGAUGAAAUGAUAUCCAAGGGAAAUAUGAUUGAUAUGGCGGGUACUCAGGUGGAGAUCAAGAAAGCUGAACCAAAGAAAGCCUCAAACCCACCACCUGCGCCUGCAUAUGGUAGCAACUCUAGGGCUCGUUCAUUCAGUGAUGGCUUUGGUGGAUUUGGCAGCUCAUAUGGGGCCUUUGACAGUGGGUUUGGCCCUGGGCCCUAUAGGACUCCUGGAGGUGUUGGCGGUAGGCUUGGUGGAUAUGGUGGGUAUGGUAGUAGUGGCAGUGAAUUUGGCGGUGGUUACGGGGGUUUUGGCAGCAGUAGUUUAGGAGGUUACCGAGGUGAAUCUUCCCUUGGUUAUUCUAGUCGGUUUGGACCCUAUGGUGGCGGGUUUAGUGGGGGUUAUGGAGGAAGUGGUCUAGGUGGAUAUGGCCGAGGGGGUGAGGGCUAUGGGAAUUAUGGCGGUUCAGGCUACAGUGGUGGUUAUGACUCCGGUCCUGGAGCUAGUUAUGGCGGAGCAGGUGGGCUGUAUGGAAGGGGAGGCUAUAGUGGCAGUAGUCGGUACCAUCCCUAUGCAAGGUAGAAAAAGAGGCACUUUGAUGCAGUUGCUUAAGCUUUGCCAUAGAAGUUACACACAGGAUCCUCUAGUUUCCUGCACUAUGUUUCUUGCAAUGAUAGGUGCUUUCUUGCAAGGACUAGAGGUGUCUCACAUUAUUGCAAUUGGGAAGCAUUGAAAGAUCUGAAGAGUUUUAUUAGACUGUCUUUUCUAUUGUAUGGCUUAGACAACACUUGGUAGAUCGCUCCGAAAGCAUGUGGUGUCUAUGCUUGUUCUCAUGUUUUAGACUAAUUUCUAUAUGUAGACUAUGGCACCUUAUUUUGGAGUUUGCUUACAUUUGCCAUUAGUUUGUUCUAGAUAGACUAUUCUUGUGGUUUCCUUUUAGCUUGUUAUAUUUACUCUAGUACUCUGACAUUGGUCUAAAUAUGGUCUUUUUAGUUUAAUCUUAGAUAGAAAAUUCUUUAUUAUGGCAUAGCUUGAUCUGACCAGGCAUAGAUUUGCAAUUACUUACAGGCUUUAGUAAAAUUUUCAUCCCAAAAUAUGACGCCACUCAUUGUUUCAUUCGGCACACAAGUGUUGCAGUUUGUUUUUUGGCCUUUUAUACAUCGUGUAUACUUUAGGAGCUUUUAAUAUAUUUGCUUUUACCUAUCAAAAAAAAGGUCUUGCAGUUAGUCUACAAAGAUUACAGUAUAUAGUUUUUGAUUCAAGAGAUUAAAAGUGUUGCAGGUUUUUUUCCCCCCUUUUAGAACUGAAAAUGUAGUGUCAUAGUCUUGUAAGAACUAGCUAUAAGUAGCCGACAUUGGCAUGAAACCUAACGUUUUAGCCAUUUAUGCUGGGGUAGUUGUAAAAGCUUGCUUGAAACACUUUGUAAAGCAUAGGAUAUUGCUGGACUGUAGCCUCGUUUCUCUUUAGGGAAUUGAUACCCAACUGACUCGACUGGUUUCUGCUGUCCACCACCACACAGGGUAAAGACAAUGUAGACCUAAAGGUGACGGUCCCUUUUGUAUUUGGUUAUUUGGUGAGUUUUUCAUUUUAUUCUGGCUAUCAGGAGAUGCAUGAAAUUGGGCAUAAUCUCUCUGUUUUGUAAUGAACAUUUUAUAUGUUGAUAUUGCAAAUAAAAUGAUACUGGAAAUGCUGAGGGUGGAUUGUUGAAAUAUUAA